AUGACGCUGGCGGGUGAAAAGAAAGAUGCCAGAUAUGCUGAGUCGGAGCUAGAAUCCCCGACAUCGGUGAGUGAAGCUCUGGAUUUCGAUCCGCAGAGUGGUGUGAAAAGAGCUCUCAAAGAUCGACAUAUUUCGCUACUGGCUCUCGGUGGUGUAAUUGGUCCAGGAUGUCUGAUAGGUGCAGGAAACGCAUUGGCCAAGGGGGGACCCUUGGCUUUGUUGCUGGGAUUUGGGAUUGUAGGGGUAGUAUGUUUUGCAGUAAUGGAGUCGAUCGGGGAGCUCAUAACGUUGUAUCCAUCGGGCGGUGGGUUCACAAGCCUCGCUCGUAGAUUCCACAGCGAGGGUCUCGCAGCUGUUUGCGGCUAUGCUUACGUGGUGGUGUUUUUCGCAGUUUUGGCCAACGAAUACAACACCUUGUCGUCCAUUAUGCAGUUCUGGGGCCCUCAAGUGCCCACUUACGGCUACAUCCUACUCUUCUGGGCCUUUUUUUUGGCAUUCCAAAUGCUGGGCGUAGGUGCAUUUGGAGAGUGUGAGUACUGGUUGGCAUGGUUCAAAAUCAUUGGUCUUGUUACAUACUAUCUUUUCUCCAUCAUCUACAUGAGUGGGGGUGUCCCUGGUAGACCCGCUUUUGGAUUUCAGUAUUGGCGCAAUCCAGGUGCUUUGUCAAAUGGAUUUAGAGGCGUUGCAGUUGUCUUCGUUUUCUGCUCAAGUUUUUAUUCAGGAACUGAGUCUGUCGCUCUUGCUGCCACUGAAAGUAGAAACCCCAGAAGAGCUAUUCCGCUGGCUGUCAGACAAACGCUGUGGAGAAUUUUAAUCGUUUACGUGGGUAUCGCCAUUUUUUACGGUAUCACAGUGCCGUAUAACGACGUGAACCUGGGCUCUAACUCCAAAACGCUUAAAUCACCGGUGGGGAUCGCCCUUGUGAGAGCUGGCUGGGAUGGCGGUGUACAUUUGGUGAACGCUUUUAUUCUCGUCACCUGUGUGUCAGCCGUUAACAGCUCCUUAUACAUUGGGAGCCGAACCAUCAGCCAUCUGGCCCACGAUGGUCUGGCACCCAAAGUUCUGGGAUGGACCAACAGACGUGGCGUACCCGUCGCAGCAUUGGUGACGUUCAAUUUAUUGGGACUGAUAUCGUUGAUGAAUGUGAGUGUCGGUGCUUCGAACGCUUAUGGAUACAUUGUCAAUCUAUCGGGUGUGGGUGUCUUCAUUGUUUGGGGAAUCAUUUCUUACACUCACAUAAGAUUUAGAAAAGCCUGGGCUGCUCAAGGAAGGUCAGAUUUUGAACUGCCCUACAAGUCUUUAUUCUAUCCAUUUACUCCAGUCAUCAGCUUGGCUGCCAAUGUGUUUCUUGCUCUUAUUCAAGGGUGGACAACACUUUCGCCUUUUUCUGCAGGAGACUUUGUAGACGCUUAUGUGCUUCUUCCGGCAGCAGCUAUACUAUUUGUUGGUAUUGCACUGAUAAAAUCACGAACCCUAAGGCCCAUCGAUUUGAAGACCAUCAAUUUACAAGCAGGACAGCGUGUUGAUUUAGACGAUGCAAGGGGUAAUGUCGACGAAACUGUAGCGACUACUAAUUUGGGCCGCCUUCGAAAAGUGGUCCAUGCUGUUUUCGGGUAA